GAGACUCUGAGUAUUCUUCGAAGACGGCCUGAGUCUCAGUCUCCACGUUGAAUUCAAACGACCAACAACCAUAAAACGUGUCCGGGUAUAUCACGACGUGCGACGUUAUUCGCGAUAGAUUUGAAAUUUUCUAUAAACCUGGCAUCGACAAAAGUUAACUUCACCUGACGUAUGAUUAUCAUUCAAUUUACAUCCCUCCAUAUUACCCCCUUCUGUUGGCACUGUCUUACCUUAACGUAGAUUUUCAAAGAAGAUUUACGAACUACAAAAAAGUAUCUAGCUUGAAAGAUACGACGACGACGCGGUUGUCGUUUUAAUUGUGAUAAUUACUCGCUACCGCUUACAACUUAAUAGGGUGUUUCCUGUGCCGUGUCAAGAAUCGUUUUUGUUUUGUGUUUUGUGUUUUUAUUUUUCUUAAUAUCUUUUUUUAUUGUUUCUAAAACAAUUUACAGUUUUUCUUUAUAAUUAUUCUUACUCCAGGCAGUGCUGAAUAAAAGAAAAUAAUUAUUGAAUUAUAAAGUAUUUUGAAAGUGUGAUUGAUUUGAGCUUGUAUCUUUGGAAUAAUUGGCAAGCUCAAGCUUUUUAUACCUAUACAUAAUUAAUUUUAAUUAAAGGAUUUCAUUUAUACAUAUUUGGAAUUACGCAAAAGACAAAGUUGCAUAUUUGGAUUUAUCUUAAACCGACUUAGAACGAAAAAGACAUGCCAUAAUGGAGCCUAUGACCGCUCUUGUUCUAGCAUUUCAACUUAUAGCCUUAUUCUCAAUAGCAGGAGCUCUAGUUCUGUACCUACUUUGUAAGGUCCGCAGUACACAGGUUAAUCUCUCUGAACCACAAAGUGGCACUGUUCUAGUUACAAGUGCCGACAGUGCUUUGGGACUGCAGCUAUGCACACAUUUGGCUAAUCGGGGAUGUCGGGUAUUUGCCGGAAUGAAAGACUCUGUGGAUUCGAUUCCUGCUAAAUUGCUUAGAAAUUGGAUUAAAAUGAAAGAAGUCAAUGUUGAACCUGUUCAAGGAUCAAUUAUUCUAAUGCAACUCGAUGUGACACGUGAAGACAUUCUACGGGAAGCUACUGAAGCUAUGGGAUCUCAUUUGAAUGCUGGUGAGCGUGGAAUAAGUGCAGUGAUAAACACCAGUGGAUGCAUUUAUCGGGGAAGAAUCGAGAGUCAAGAUGUCCAGCAAUGGGAAACAAUGCUUAAGACCAAUAUUCUGGGAUCAUUGAGAGUUGCCAAGGCUUUUGUCGGUCUAUUGCGACCAACUCGUGGUCGUCUUAUUUAUCUUGGUGCUGGGAAUGAUGGUGAGGAACUCGUAGCAUUCAAUGCAUCUCGAGUUGCUGUGGAAAAAUGUGCAGUUGAACUUCGCAAGGAAUUACAACCGUACGGUAUAAGUGUAGUAGCUUUGGACACAAAUGGAAUAAAUGCUGAUUCUCUAUUCCGAGCACCGAUACCGCAUGUCAUAUCGGACUGCGAAGGAGCUCCAACACAAUAUUCAGCUGAAGUACUGACAUCAAGUGCCUUAACAGCCAUCGAACACGCUCUCUGGGACAUCCGGCCAAAUGAGAGAUACCAAUUAGCGGUGCCACAAAACAAAUAUAAUAUAACGUUGCCAUGCAGGUCAUCAUUCCGUUUAAAAAUGGACAUGGGUGCCGUACAGAAGGUCUAAUUUAGUUUUAGACUUUUUCGUGUUGAAAAGAAAAAACAAAAAUAAUU